AUGUACAAAGAUUUUAACCAUGAAGAUGCGAUGCACGUGGAAGAAAAACUAGCAAAACUUGAAGGAUAUGCAUCAAAAAUGAUCCGAGAUAUUCUGAAGGCAUCCCAAGUAGAAAAUCAGAUUGUUUUACUCAGAAGAGAUCUCAGUAAUCUACGCAAGUUCCUUUUCAUUAUGAACUAUCGAAAGCCUCAUCGAUGGUCUCAGUUUACCAUGAAGAAAUUUGACUUCGCCACUUUGCCGUUGGUAGAAGACUUCAUGCGGCAGCACAAAUUACAACACUCUCGGGAAGUGUGGUUACAGAACAUCCGUGAAAUACUAGAUACCCCACAUGAAGACAUCAAAAACAACCCGCGAAUCUUUUCGAUAGAUAGAGACGAUUACAGGCAGCGCAUGAUCGAUGGUUUUCUCGUAAUUUGGCAAGCUGGUGAAAAUGACGAGUUUAUUAUAACCAGCAACGGGUUUGGAAUCUUUGAGGGAGUGACUGGGACAAUGCUUGGUGGUUUACCAUUCCAAUUUGCCUAUCAUUAUUUUUAUGUCAUCUCUCCAAAGCUAGCGUUGGUCCUCUGUCAUACUUCGCUCCGAAAUGAAAGAAAAGAAAUUGGAUCCGACGUUUGGACUGAGACUUUUAAGACUAUGGGAUUUAAACGUUCGAUAUUCGAAAAUGCUCCUCAUCCAGCAGCAAUUCCGAAUUAUGUAGCGACUCCAAAAUAUGUACCAAGUCAUGAAUAUGGCCGCAGCACUGAUAGAAAUCCGGAGACGGCAUUUGACUCGCUUCUAAAUAGCGUAGGUCUCAAAAGACAGGAGGAUGAUAUGUUUACCUUUCGCUUUGCCAAAAUCCCUUCGGCCACCGUACACCUCGUGAAUUCUAUCUUGCUCAAUGAGACUAAACCGGAUCUAGUUUUGACUUUCUCUUCUCGUCCAUACCUCUAUAAGACAAUUCUCAAGUAUCAUAAAAGCAAUGUCGGUGUACAACAUGAUUUCUCGAGUUUGAAAAAAAUGUUGUUUAUGGAAUUAAACAAAACUCACGAGGAAGACUUACAUCUCCGGAAAAAAAUCCCAGCUGGCCGCACUUUUAAUUGGAAUGUACGUGGGAUGGAUUCAGAAUCCUGA